UGCUGUGCUGUCUACAGGAUACAGGAUGGAGAGAUGAAGCCUCUUGGCUGGGACACGGACAUCUCCUGGCUGACAGGGGAGGAGCUACACGUGGAAGUGCUGGAGAACGUUCCUCUUACCACACACAACUUUGUGAGGAAGACCUUUUUACGUUGGCAUUCUGCGAUUUUUGCCGGAAGCUUCUGUUCCAGGGGUUCCGAUGUCAGACGUGUGGCUAUAAGUUUCACCAACGUUGCAGCACAGAGGUGCCGCUCAUGUGUGUCAACUACGACCAGCUAGAUUUGUUGCUGGUGUCGAAGUUCUUUGAGCACCACCCCAUCACCCAGGAGGAGGUGUCAUCAGAGGGCACCACCCCCGUGUCCGAGGUCUACCCUUCACUGCCUCCGUCCGACUCCACCGGGUCCCUGUGCCACACCAGCGUGUCCCCGUCCAAGUCCAUCCCUAUCCCCCAGAAUUUCAGGCCCGGAGAAGAGGACCACAGGAACCAGUUUGGACAGAGAGACCGCUCGUCCUCCGCUCCCAACGUCCACAUCAACACCAUCGAACCCGUCAACAUAGACGACUUGAUUCGAGACCAAGGUUUACAGAGGUCAGAAGGAGGGUCGACUGCAGGGCUGUCGGCCACGCCUCCGGCCUCGCUGCCUGGCUCAUUGACCAAUGUGAAGGCUCCUCAGAAGUCUCCGUGUCCACAGAGAGGGAAGUCAUCGUCCUCGUCUGACGACCGCAAUAAGAUGAAAACCCUGGGCAGACGGGACUCUAGUGACGACUGGGAGAUCCCAGAAGGUCAGAUCACCCUGGGUCAGAGGAUAGGAUCUGGAUCCUUUGGAACCGUUUUCAAGGGCAAGUGGCACGGCGACGUGGCGGUAAAGAUGCUGAACGUUACAGCUCCCACCCCACAGCAGCUACAGGCCUUUAAGAACGAAGUGGGAGUCCUCCGGAAGACGCGUCACGUCAACAUCCUGUUGUUCAUGGGUUACACCACCAAGCCUCAGCUGGCCAUCGUGACCCAGUGGUGUGAGGGCUCCUCCCUCUACCACCACCUACACAUCAUAGAGACCAAGUUUGAGAUGAUCAAGCUCAUAGACAUCGCCCGGCAGACGGCACAGGGCAUGGAGUGAGUUAAUCCACAACACACGGGAUGCACCCCGACUAGCACCCUGUUCCCAGAACUAGUCUCAGACCAUAGGGAAUAGGCUGCUAUUUGGGAUGCAUCUUAACAUGGACUGACUGGUACAGUGGAGGUUAGGAGAGUCUUAACAUGGACUGACUGGUACAGUGGAGGUUAGGACAGUCUUAACAUGGACAGACUGGUACAGUGGAGGUUAGGAGAGUCUUAACAUGGACAGACUGGUACAGUGGAGGUUAGGAGAGUCUUAACAUGGACAGACUGGUACAGUGGAGGUUAGGAGAGGCUUAACAUGGACAGACUGGGACAGUGGAGGUUAGGAGAGGCUUAACAUGGACAGACUGGUACAGUGGAGGUUAGGAGAGUCUUAACAUGGACUGACUGGUACAGUGGAGGUUAGUCUUAACAUGGACAGACUGGUACAGUGGAGGUUAGGAGAGUCUUAACAUGGACAGACUAGUACAGUGGAGGUUAGGAGAGGCUUAACAUGGACUGACUGGUACAGUGGAGGUUAGGAGAGUCUUAACAUGGACAGACUGGUACAGUGGAGGUUAGGAGAGUCU